CAGAAACGCUCUGGCGAAUGCCCUAGCAGGAUUGUCGACCUUGCCCGUCGUCGUGAAUAUGUCGUCGAUGAUCACCUUCGCCGCGAACAACGAGUUUUUCCGCAAGCGCAAGCGCGUGCACAAGGCGUGCGACCAUUGCAAGAAGCGUAGAAAGCGGUGCGUCCACACGUUCGACGGCGAUGACUCCGGGGCUACCUACGAGUCGCCCGCGGGGGCCACGGCCGCGGCCCCGAGCCCCCGUGUGAGUGCCCCGGAUGGCCCUGACGCGCGCCGCCCUGCCAAUACCAAUGCCACGGACGCACCCGCUCCGGAGCCUGCCCAGGAUCCGCCGCCGCCUCCGCGCCGCUUCAUCGGCUACUUGAACCCGGAGGCUGUCAUGCGAGGCCAGCUCCGCGAGUCGGACAACCAAGUUGGCGGCUGGGUCCAGGCCGCCGACGACGACGCCGAACCGCUAACUACCAGUGGGAAAAAUGCUCAGGGGACAUCAUCCGGGCCGUCGUCUAGUGUUGCUAGAGCCCUUCCAGCGUACCUUGAAGCCGCAGGUGUCUACAUUGAACCGGACGAGCGCCAUCUCGAGUCGAUGUGUAGUAUCUACUUUGAGUAUGUGAAUCCGCUUCUUCCUCUGGUCGACCAAAGGUCCUUUUACCUUGAGCUUCAUGGGAACAAAGGCUCGCGGAUGCUGCGACAAGCCAUGUGCCUCGUUGCUUCAAGGCACGAAGGGGUGCGGCAGCAUCUCUAUCUCUCGAACAGCACGGACCUGCUGGAGCCCAGAGACUACGCCCGGAGGCUAUACGGCGCGCUCGUUGCAGGCGUUAAUGCUCGACUGGAGAAGAACCGCAUCACUCUGAUACGGAUUCUGGCGCUCAUGUCACUGUACAGUGAAGGCAUUGACGGUGCCGACCAAGCCUCGAUGCACCUGGUGCAAGCCAUCCACCACGCGCACACCAUCGGCCUGCACCUGGACCGGCAGCAGUCGACGGACAAGCUGUUUUGGUGCCUGUGGAGUCUGGACAAGGUCAAUGCUAGCGUCAGCGCCAGACCGCUGUACAUGCAUGACCGAGACAACAUGCAGGUGGAGAGCUUGACGGCGACGCCAGACCAGCGCCGCACGCCGUUUGGUAUCUGGUUGCAACUGGCGGGCGUGCUGGACCGGGUCAUUGGGCUGUACCGACCUGGCACUGACCCAGCUAACACAGGCAUAGAAACCGACUUUCCCGGCUUCGAAGACAUCAUUGGCGACGGCGGAGACCGGCUCAGGGGGCCCAUAGUCGCCGCGCUCGAGCUCUUCUACCAUGCUGUGUCAAUGCUUUCGCAUAAAUCUCGCUCCAUUACCGAUCCGGUGGCACGCUCCACGCCGUCAGCAGUGCGGCAGACGCUCUCAGCCUACCGCGUCAUUUCAAUUCUGAGCCACGAGUUCCCAACCGACCUGCCUCCAGUGCCCAUCGUGCCGUAUGCCCUCGCCCUCGCCAUGUCCGUCGCGUACCGCCAGUUCCGCCGCAGCAAACUGCAGGGCCACAAGCUCCGCGCCAAGCACGACCUCAAGACGUGUUGUGCGCUGCUGGGCCGUUUGCGCGCUACGUGGUGGUGCGCGGGGUGCAUGGCGGACCUGGGCAAGGCGGCGCUGGUGAAGGCGGACAAGGCCAUGGAGCAACAGCAGCAGCCGCAGACGCACCAGCUAGCGGCUCCUGUGUACCCAGGGAGACGGACUUCGCAGCAUUUCCGCGAAGACGACGAUGGCAACGAUGACACUGCUAGCGAUCGCACGCUGCCGCUUCUGGCGCAACAACCACCGCAGCAGCAACAGCAGCCUCCCACGUCCGCGCCCGCGCCCGCGCCUUUCGCCAUCCCUACGCUCCUCGCCCCCCAGCCGCAGCCGCAGCAGCAGCAGCAACAACAAACGCAUCCCUACCAGCGCCGGCCGCGCCCACCCACCAGCGCCGACAACACAGCAGGCAGCACGACGCUCAACUCUACCACGGCACCCACGACGACGACGGCGCCCGCCGCAUCCAGCAACACGUCCGGCAGCCCGUGCGCGCUGCUCUCGCUCUCGGACGAGAACAGCCCCGACUGGCUCAACUUCGACGCCGCGUUCGAGAACAUGGACGCGCUGCUCGGCAGCGGGGCGGCGGCCGCGGCCGGCGUAGGCGAUUUUGGCGGCGGGGCGCUGUGGGAGGGUAUGGGUAUGGGUGUGGGGGAUGGGGCAGGGGCUUGGGGGGAUAGGGAUGGCGUGCUGGGGCUAGGGUUUGGGUUUGCUGAGGGUGGGGGUGGGGUUGGAGGGGCCGGGUCGGGGACAGGGAGGGAAGAUGAGCACGAGGGGGAGAGUGCGUUGGGUGAGGGGACGGGGUCGGGGUCGGGGUCGGGGGCGGGAGCCGUUGGGUAG